UGUAUAUAUCCAUGAAGAAAGAAGAUUCUUCUCAUCCAUAAAAUUCAAAUACUCCAUGUCUUCUCCCUGAAUCUGCGCCACAGCUAAGCAAGGUUGGAAUCCGGCAUUCCAAUUGAAAAUUGAAGAUCCGUUGUUGUUCAUUCGCUCAGGUCAAGGUUUGUAUGAAAUGGAGUUCUGAAUUUUCAAUUAUUUAACUCAUCCACUCGAGGUAUGGACAGAUUAAUCUUUAAAUUGAAAGUUCCAAAACGUAUAAUAUCCAUCGAGACAUAUAAUAAUCCAUAAUCUUUCUAAGUGGAAAUUUUCCUCAGAUGCUCGAUCCUAAAAGGUAAAAACAAAUGAGGAAUAGAAGAACUUGUACUGGAGUAAAGUGAUUCAGGAUGCUCCGUUUUGGGUUUUAGGAUAAACUAGAAGUCCAAUUUUUUCAUCUGAACUUCAUCUCCACAGGUUAUGCUAUAUGUGCGUGAAAGAUGAACUCAUCUAUUCUAGGCACCUACUAAAAUUUUCGACAUUUAUUGAAGCAAAAGGGCAAUUGUGUACUUACACAAAACAUUCCAUCAAAAAUCACUUUAUUAUCAAACACUUCAACUUCUAUCCUUUAAUUAAAAUCACUUUUAUUUACAAACACUGCCUACUUUUACUACAAAUUACUUUUUAAAUAAUCUCUUAAAAAAUCACUUUUAAAAAGUAAAAGCAAACGCAAACACACCCUAAGUGUACUCCUAGAGUUCAUGAUUAGAUCUGUAAAAUCUGUCUGAAGAUUGUCUUAUAUGCGUUCUGGUUUUUCAUAUAAAAGCCGAUUUUUUACGAUAAAAAAAUUAGGUUUUGGAGGAGAGGAAAAGAUUGAAGAGGGUUUAUAACUCUAUGUUUGUUGUUUAAAAGUUUAAAAUUUGAUUGGUAGGGGAUUUGGAGGGCUAUUGUAAUCCUCUAAACUUUUCAAGCGGACAACUUUUAAGCUCCCCCAAUUUGAAGGUUUUAUAAGAAUGACAAAAUAAAUAAUAAUUUUAGUUUAAUUUUUGAGAAAAAUAAUUAAAAUAUCUCAAACUUUGAAGAGGUGUGGGGUGAACACCUCAAACUUGCAUAUGUAAUUAAAAUACCUCAAACUUUAUAUAAAAUGUUAUUUUAGCACCAUAACCAGGUAUUAUAUCUUUCAAAAAUAUAAAUUUAUGUUGUUAAUUGCAUAAUUUAAUAUAUUUUAGAAUUCAUGAAGACACAAUAAGCACUCUAAACUUCCAUUGCGAAAUAAAUAUUUUCACUCCCAAUCUAUAUAAUUGCAACACUUUUAAUUUUGUUAUUUUAAAUUUUGCAAUUAACUGGAUAAAUUUACAUUUUGAAACAAACAAUACAUGACAAUGGUGUGAAAAUAACUUUUUAUAUAAAGUUUGGGGUAUUUAAAUGGCAUAUGCAAGUUUGGGAUGCUUGCCUCACAUCCCUUCAAAGUUUGGGAUAUUUUUAUUAUUUUUCCCUUAAUUUUAAAAUGAGUAUGAAUUUAACUAUUUUAAUUCGAUAUACAAAUAUAUGUGAAGCUAUUUUUUUACUAACCUUUUCAGUUUCAGGUCAUUCAGACAAUCAUCAAGUUAAAGAGGAACUACUUAACGGAUUUACUCAAGUAACAAGAAGAAAAAGCAGAAACACGAUAUCAAACACCACAUCAAACAAAGACAAAGAGGAUGAACAACAAUUGUACCAAGCGGGCUAUACUUCACAUCCCAUUAUCACCAGAAGCCAGUCCCAAAAACCCCAAGACGAGACAAACUUUGUUCUCUACCCAAUAGACGUGGGGUUUGACUCUCCACAUAAACUCGCAGACACUUUGAAGCGGUUUAAACUUCAUCAUCCAGAUCGAACUUUCUACCAAGCCUAUCUCUAGAAGGCAAUUAAGUUCCACAAUAGAUACAACAGAGCAUUAUCUACGGCAGUUGGAAUACCUUCCAAAAAUUUCAAUUGCUAAUAUGUGCUCAUUUUGCAAUAUAUGAUGGCCAUGGAGGUCGAUUAGCUGCUGAUUAUGCGCGGAAGCACUUGCAUGGCAAUGUUCUUUUAGCUGGCUUACCACCUAGAUGUUAAAGCUGCAAAAAGAGCAAUACUUGAGGGGUUUAAAAGUACAGAUGAAACUCUUCUCAAUGAAAGUAUAGCAGGGGGUUGGCAAGAUGGUGCUACGGCUGUUUGUAUUUGGGUAUUAGGACAAAUGGUUUUUGUUGCUAAUAUUGGGGAUGCAAAGGCAGUUUUAGCUAGGUCAAUACAAUCUGACAUUCCAAAUGAUGGUUCAACUCUAUUAAAGGCCAUUGUUUUGACAAGGGAACAUAAAGCCAUUUAUCCUCAAGAACGGGCUCGCAUUCAGAAAGCGGGUGGAUCUGUGAGUUCAAAUGGAAGAUUACAAGGCCGGCUUGAAGUUUCCAGGGCAUUUGGAGACCGUCAGUUUAAAAAGGUCGGUGUUGUUGCAACCCCAGAUAUCCACUCAUUUGACCUUUCUGAAAGAGAUCAUUUCAUGAUUCUGGGCUGUGAUGGAUUGUGGGGGGUUUUUGUGCCCAGUGAUGCUGUUCGAUUUGUUCAAAACUUACUGAAGGAAGGAUUGCCUGCUUCACAAGUGAGCCGCCGCCUUGUGCGAGAGGCAGUCCGUGAGCGCCACUGCAAAGAUAACUGUACUGCAGUAUUGAUUGUUUUCAGGCAUGAGUAGAACCUGCACUGCCUAGACUUGUUGUAAGUUAUUAUGUGCGAGGGAAUAGUAGGAACCUACUAAAUGAAAGGUGAGACUCAAAGAAAUCUAUGGUAAAGUGGAUAAUACUAUAAUAGCCCUUUAAGCCUUUCUCAUGUGUCAUGAUAUGUUUUCUAUGUUCUUAUGGAUGUAGCAGCAAGACUGUCGUGGGUGAUCUUUGAAUAGUAACAAGAUGUUCAUUCUGAUAAUAUAUACAGCUUUUGAUUCCCAACUUAGUUUUGCCCGUCACACAAUUCAUGGAAAACAAAGUAAACAGAAGAACAAAGUAGUAGAAAUUGGAAUUAAGAAAGAUGGAUCGAGGCGGUGAAAAGUAGGUUAGAGAUGAUAUUUAGAAGACACGUGUCUUUAUGUGUAUAUAAAUACUCCGUAUAUUUUUAGGGCUAAUUUUGGAAGCUCAAUAUGUAGUAUGAAAUUAUUAAUAUUGUCAGAAUAUUAUAUGGGUUAGCUGGUUCUAAACAUCACGUAGUACAGAAUGAUGUUGAUUUGUUUGGUUUGAAUUGAUUUCCCUAAUUGUAUCAUGUUGCCUUUCAUGA